AUGGGGCCCAGGUGCAAGGUGGGGGAGGGGAACAACCCUUGGGCCCAGUCUGAAGGACCUCAAGACCUGGGAGACCUGGGAGAGUUUAAAAGGCCCCAGGGCCUUCUCUCGGCCUCAGAUGGCGUUUCCAAGGGGCUGCAGCAUGAGGGGGCUGUUGAUUUGGAGUGUGCUGCUCGGGGCUGUCCUUGGCAAAGAGGACUUUGUGGGCCCGGAGGUUCAAGCCCCAGCCUGGGGCUUUCAGGCCACUUGAUGCCAUCCUCCUCCCACCUGGGGAGUGUGGAGUUGCUCAGGCCGCCGGUCUCCCCUCCCGCUCUGCCCAGGCACCAGGUGCUCCGAAUCUCUGCUGCUGAUGAAGCCCAAGUACAGAAGGUGAAAGAGCUCGAGGAUCUGGAGCACUUGCAGCUGGACUUCUGGCGGGGCCCUGCCCAGCCUGGCUCUCCCAUCGACGUCCGAGUGCCCUUUCCCAGCAUCCAAGCGGUCAAAGCCUUCUUGGAGGCCCAUGGCCUCGGGUACACGAUCAUGAUUGAGGAUGUGCAGUCGUUGCUGGAUGAGGAGCAGGAGCAGAUGUUCGCCUUCCAGGCCCGGGCCCGCUCCACCAACACCUUUAACUACGCCACCUACCACACCCUGGAGGAGAUCCAUGGCUUCAUGGAUUUGCUGGUUGCUGAGCACCCACGGCUGGUCAGCAAGCUCCAGAUUGGCAACACCUACGAAGGUCGCCCCAUCUAUGUGCUGAAGUUCAGCACUGGGGGAAACAACCGUCCCGCCAUCUGGAUCGACACGGGCAUCCAUUCCCGGGAGUGGGUUACGCAGGCCAGCGGGGUCUGGUUUGCGAAAAAGAUCACACAAGACUAUGGCCAGGACAUCACUCUCACUGCCAUUCUCGAUUCCAUGGACAUCUUCCUGGAGAUUGUCACUAACCCUGAUGGUUUUGCCUUUACCCACACCAAGAAUCGUAUGUGGCGCAAGACUCGAUCCCUCACACCGGGCUCCACCUGUGUUGGGGCGGACCCCAACCGGAACUGGGAUGCUGGCUUUGGGAUGGCAGGAGCCAGCAGCAACCCCUGCUCGGACACUUACCAUGGCAAGUUUGCAAAUUCCGAAGUGGAGGUCAAGUCCAUCGUGGACUUUGUGAAGAGCCACGGGAACAUCAAGGCCUUCAUCUCCAUCCACAGCUACUCCCAGCUCCUCCUGUAUCCCUAUGGCUACAAAGCAGAUCCAGCCCCUGACCAGGGCGAGCUGGAUCAGCUGGCCAAGUCUGCUGUGACCGCCCUAACCUCCCUGUAUGGGACCAAGUUCAAGUAUGGCAGCAUCAUCAAAACAAUUUACCCAGCCAGUGGAAGCACCAUUGACUGGACCUACAGCCAGGGCAUCAAGUACUCCUUCACCUUUGAGCUCCGGGACACCGGGCGCUAUGGCUUCCUGCUGCCGGCGUCCCAGAUCAUCCCCACGGCUCAGGAGACGUGGCUGGCGCUUCAGACCAUCAUGGAGCACACCCUGAAUCACCCCUACUGAACUGGUCCUUCGGUACUCUCUUCCUCCUCCUCUCUGGCCCCGC